AUGGAUUCGAUUCCUCACUUUGAUGAGGUAGACAACAUGGAGAAAGCAGUAGAUGAUGAAGUAGACGUUUCACAGGUAAAAGCUCAUGGAAAACAGCCAUCAGUCGAGGCAUCUACAAAUUCUGUAGCCUUGAAGAAACCACGGAAUAUUGGUCGUUUGGAUUUGAUCUACCAAAAGCUACCAAAUGCGAAAAGUUCCAAAACUUCACAAUCACAAUUUGAAGAAGCUCAAAAGAAGUUAAGGGAGGCUGUCGUUGAAAAGUUUACAAGGUGGAUGUAUGAUGCAGGUAUCUCAUUCAAUGCAGUUCAAUACGAUAGUUUCAAGCCGAUGAUUGAAGCCAUAGGGCAAUACGGACCAGGCAUGAAACCUCCAAGUUUUCAUGAAGUGCGAGUUCCGUACUUGAAAAAAGAGAUUGAACACACAAAGUUAAUCUUGAAAGAGCAUGAAGAACAGAAGGUGAAGUAUGGAUGCACACUGAUGAGUGAUGGAUGGAGGGAUAAAAAAGGAAGAUCACUCAUCAACUUUUUAGUGAAUACGCUUAAGAGAAGCAUGUUCGCGAAGUCUGUUGAUGCUUCUGAAUAUUCUCACACUGGGAUGAAGAUGUUUGAGCUGCUAGAUAAAUUCGUUCAGGAGGUGGGAGAAAAUCAUGUGGUGCAAGUUGUUACGGAUAGUGCUUCUAAUAAUGUUUAUGCGGGAAAAUUGUUGGAAGAGAAGUACAAGCACAUAUUUUGGUCUCCUUGUGCUGCACAUUGCUUAGAUUUAAUGUUUGAAGACAUCUUCAAAAUGCCUGAUUUGAAGAGAACACUUGAACGUGCUAUCAUGGUUAAUGGCUAUAUUUACAACCGCACUCAAGUGUUGAACAUGAUGAGGGAAUUUACUGAGAAAAGAGACAUGAUUAGGCCUGCAAAAACUCGCUUUGCGACUGCGUUUUUGACAUUGAAGAGCUUCCAAUUGCAAAAGCAAAACUUGAAGACUAUGUUCAGUUCUGAAAAAUGGAAUAAGAGCAAGUUUGCAAAUGAGAAGCAAGGUAAACUCGUGUCAAAUGUUAUCUUCAUGACCUCCUUUUGGAACACUGCGAUGAAUCGGGCAAAUGAGCAAAUAGCAGCUGCAUUUUCCCAUGUUGAGGAUAGAUACAAAGAUGUCUUUGAUAUUAUAGAUAAGGGAUGUGAUGUUCAGCUUCAUCGACCUUUACAUGCAGUCGGGUAUUUUUUGAAUCCCGAGUUUUUCUACAACAAUCCUGAUGAGAUGUCUCAAGAUGAGGAAGUCAUGAAUGGGUUGUAUGAUUCAAUUACAAAAUUGACCAAGUCUGAUGGCCUAGAAGAUUGA